AUGCGAUACGGUGGCAUGGCGGUGCUGGCCACUGCCGCGGGCCUGAUGGCGGCAUUCGCGACUGACGAUAUCUGUACGGCGAUGUUCGAGUUGCCGGCCGCCGUUUUCCGUGAUGAACUCAUAUCAGUAUCGGUGCACAUGACGGCCAUGAUGGUGGGAUUGGGGCUGCGGUGGUGGUGGAAACGGUUGACGGAGGCCGAACGGUCUAGGCACGUGGAGACGUUGAAGAACUCAAAGGUGUCACUGUACUUCACCGCAGCCUUCGCGUUGGCUAUGGCCACCAACUUUUACUGGCGCCACACCGUCGUCAACCCUUACACGGGACGCGCCACCCUCAGCCUGUACACCGACCGCGAGAUGGCGGAAAUCGACGAAUGGUCCACCAGAUACGAAUUGGCCAAGUUCUGGCUGUUCGGCUACGCCAAAGACAGCACUAGGCACAGGCAAGUAGCCGGGAUAGUGCAUAAAGUCGCUUUGGCCAACCCCGGAAUGGCCGGCGCCACGCCCUGGAGAGUGUUCGUCGUGGACGAGUCCGAUGUGAACGCGUUCGCGCUGCCCUACGGUUCGAUGUUCUUCUACCGCGGCCUGUUGGACUUCACCAACAACGCGGACCAGCUAUCCAUGUGCGUGGCCCACGAGAUGGCCCACUGCAUUCUCCGGCACUCCGCCGAAGAGAUGAGCCACCAGCGGCUGUACAACGUGGCCGAACUGCUGCCGUUGACCGCAGCCUACUUUUUCGCGUCCAACAACUACCAAGUGUACGCGUCCGAAAUGCUGUGCAAGUUGGCGUACGAUCUGGUGGCUAGGCUGCCCCGCAGCAGGCGCAUAGAACUGGAAGCCGACACGUACGGCCUAGUGCUGGCGGCGGCCGCCUGCGUGGACCACAGCCAGGCCGUCCACUUCUGGGCCAAAAUGUCCAAGUAUGAGUCCUGGCUCAGUCGGUUAUUUUGGUGGAUGGCCACGCAUCCGUUGAGCGAUGUCCGCAUCCGAAACUUGGAAGUUCACGCGGCGAUGGCCGAUCUCAUUGGCAAAGCCAAUGGGUGCGUGUCUAGAAGAAAAACUUCUUAA